AUUUCGCCCAUCAUGUUCCCUCGUUCUCUCUCUCACAACCAAGUUGUUUAAUAAAUAAUAAUCUCUCUCUGGAUUUGUCCUUUUCUUCUUUUGAGCGAGAAUGGCGAAAGAGCUUCUUCUGCAACUUCGCCUGCUGCUUCUUCUUCCCGAACAACGGUGUCGUUUUGCAUCUCCUCUGCCAAUACUCAACUUCUCAUUCUCCGCUUUGUGACUCCUCUCCCUUCUACAUUCUCGAUCCCUCGGAUCCGUGUUCAACUUCAACUCGCUUCUCGCAACCACCGACUCACUCAACUCAGGGGCGGGAAUUCUCUUACUAAAUUGAUGACAUGGAGCAGUAUGAAAUACUUGAGCAAAUUGGAAAAGGUGCUUUUGGUUCAGCGCUUCUAGUGAGACAUAAGCAUGAAAAGAAAAAAUAUGUGUUGAAGAAGAUUCGCCUUGCUCGUCAAACUGAGCGCUCUCGUAGAUCUGCACACCUGGAGAUGGAGCUUAUCUCUAAAUUAAGAAACCCAUUCAUUGUGGAGUACAAAGAUUCAUGGGUAGAAAAGGGUUGUUAUGUCUGCAUCAUUAUAGGUUAUUGUGAGGGAGGAGAUAUGGCGGAAGCUAUAAAGAAAGCUAAUGGUGUCCUGUUUCCUGAGGAGAAACUUUGUAAGUGGCUCGUUCAACUUCUUAUGGCUCUUGACUACUUGCACAUGAACCACAUUCUUCACCGUGAUGUCAAGUGUUCAAAUAUCUUCCUAACAAAAGAUCAUGACAUACGUCUCGGUGAUUUUGGACUUGCCAAAAUGUUGACUUCGGAUGAUCUUGCUUCCUCUGUUGUGGGAACUCCUAGCUACAUGUGCCCUGAGCUCCUUGCUGAUAUACCUUAUGGUUCUAAAUCAGAUAUUUGGUCCUUGGGAUGUUGUAUAUAUGAAAUGACAGCGCAUAAGCCUGCAUUCAAAGCAUUUGAUAUACAGGCAUUGAUUAACAAGAUUAAUAAGUCCAUAGUGGCUCCACUGCCAACAAAAUAUUCUAGCUCGUUUCGAGGUCUUGUUAAAAGUAUGCUGCGGAAAAAUCCAGAGCUGAGGCCCAGAGCUUCAGAGCUGCUUGGGCACCCACAUCUUCAACCUUAUGUUCUUAAGGUCCAUCUCAAAAUUAACAGCCCCAGACGAAGCACAUUGCCAGUUCACUGGCCAGAAUCCAACUACAUGAAGAAAACUAGAUUUUUGGUGCCAGAAGAUGAUCCUGUUUCCAUCUAUAGGGAUAAGCGACAUUCUUUCACCAAUGAUCGGACUCUAAAUCCUAGUGUAUCUGGAGCUGAUCAAGAUUCUGUAUGUUCUACUCUGGAGAUAGAUUGUACUCCUGACCAUUUGAAUCAAAGGUUAGCAGAACUACGUAUUGGAGAUAGCCAUCAAGUGAAGUCAAUCCAGAAGCCUGUUGUUUCCAGAACUUCUAGCAUUGUUAAGACUCCAAAAUUCGCUUCCUCAAAGGUCUCAGCCACCAACAAGAAAUCAAUGAAAUCCUCAAAGAAUUGUAAGACGCUUCCUCUUUCACAAAAUACCACAAAAUCUGCUAAUACUAAUCGCAGAGCAUCAUUCCCACUGCCAACAAGGGGUGGUAAUCGGCAGCCUCCUUGCAGGUCCGUCAGUUUGCUUAGUCACGUGUCUUCACCAGAUAUCUCAGUCAAUUCUCCACGGAUUGAUAAGAUGGCUGAAUUCCCAUUAACUUCAUAUGAAGAUUCUUUGUUCCCUAUCAAUAAAACAUCAUCCUCUGCACGAGGUUCCUCAGGCUUCCCAUCUCAUAGCAACCAUUCAACUGUGAUAGACAAAUGCACGGUAGAGGUAUAUGGUAGAGCCUCUAACAAGCCUGGUAGUAUGGAUGCGUGGCAGGGAAUCAAGCAGAGCGUGUUAAAGGAGAUUGAUGAGGAUAAAAGUGGUUCCUCAGAUCAAAAUGCAACUGCAGGUGCUUCAAGCCACACCUCUUCUGACUUGCGCCGUCGACAAUUUGACCCGUCAUCAUUCCAACAAAGAGCUGAAGCUUUAGAAGGCUUGCUUGAAUUUAGUGCAAGAUUGCUACAGCAGGCAAGGUAUGAUGAACUUGGGGUUCUGUUGAAACCAUUUGGGCCUGGAAAGGUUUCCCCUAGGGAAACUGCUAUUUGGUUGAGUAAGAGCUUCAAAGAGAACACUUUCAACCCAGAAGAAUCCAUGUAAACUGCUAUUAUGUUUACCGUAGUCAUUUUUAGAGUUCUGUGUUUUUUCUCACACGAGAGAAAUUAGCAAGCUGAUUUUUUUAGCUUAUCAAAUUUUUUCAUUUACCCUUUUCUGUUUCACAUCACUUAAUAAUGAUAACUCAAAUUUUCAAACUGAUCCAUGAAGCAGAUGAUAGACAUUUUCAUGAUCCUAAUCCUUGUUCCUUGCCAGGAAAGGUAGCAAAGGUUGGUGGCUCAAAACCCUUUCUAUUUUUGUAGAUGUUGUCUCGAAUUUCUUUGCAUGAAUCGACUAUACAUCAGUUAAACUGAUGCAAAACAGUGCCAGGUUUUGGCCUUGAGCAGAGAGGCCAAACGUUAUCAGGCAAGUGGUAUACUUUUGCCAAUUAUUUUUCUAAUGGCACUGAAAACCUUUUUUUUGUUUUCUAUUUGUACUGCCAGUUGAGUGCAAAUGCAAAGAUGCUUUUAGUAGAAAGUCAAUGAAUCAUACCUUGAAUACGCAAUGGCCAUAUUAUGGGUACGGACUAGAGAUGCUGCAUUGCCUCGAUGUAGUACAGGUAUUAGAGAACAAGCAGCUAUUUCUUAGAUAAAAAGAUUUUGUUUUUUUAGCACACAGGCAUUCAACACCCUCAUAUUUUAGAUGGAUGAGCAUUGAUUCCGGCGUUAUUCGUUCUUGUUACACUUGUCCAGACGUAUUAGGAAUUAAAAGUUGUAAUGUCUGUUACAAAUUUGUAACUGAUUAGUAAGAACUUUUAAUUCCUAAUAAGACGGACUUUGUUGAAA